CAUCUUCUUCCAAGAUUUCUUUUGGUGAUGGUUGGGGGUGGCCUCUAUGUAAAUAUAUAAAAAUAGCUUGGUGGUUUAAAAAUAACGUGGGUAACUGAUGGCUCUAGCAGCUCCUGGGGAACUGUGAUGCUCUAAAAGGGGCUGUUUUACCUCCGCUCUGUACAGCAACCAAGUUAACCCGCUGAGGAGAGAAUACCUCGUCUUCAAACAUGUGCUUGCCUGUCGGGUUUGUGGCUUUUCAAAGAUCGUUUUUCUUUCGGAGUGAGUUCCCCUCCUGUCCCUGAGAUGUUUUCUUUGCCGUUCGGCUUUCUUAAGUGCUGCCUCUGGGUAUUUGGGUAUUGCUCUCUGACUGCUUAGUGCUCCUGCAGCUCGAGUGGCGGGGCCUCGGCAUGCAUCUCCUGCGCUGCUGGGACGGGGGGACGCGGAACGUGCUCUCGCUUGGCAGUUCUGCGUUCUGGGGGUGGCUGCUGCUGCUUCCCUGAGUUUAACCGGAGAGAUACCGGCUUUCAAGUGGCAGUAGGAACAAGGGCUUCUUCGUGUCGCACGCUUAUCUGUCUGCAGAUAAGCAAACGUAUUUUGCAAAAAUAACAGUAGCGUGUUAUCAUGCCUGUCUCUGACAUGUAAGAAUUUUACUAAAACCUGAGAUCCUUCUUUCCAGAGGAAUGUUAGUAACAUCUACGCUGCAUUCAGGUUUAUUUUCUAAACAUUCCUUCUUUUAUUUUUGGAAAAAAGCGUAAGGGUUUAAUCCUGCUGCCAUAAGCCAUAACAUGUGGCUACAUUUUUCUCUUUGCUCGGGAGCCCAUGUAUCUUGUUAGCUCUAGCCUAUCCUUUAGCUCAUUAAUGGUAAUAUUAAUCUGUUCCAGUUCUCAGCUCUAAUCGCAGAUUCCAUCUGAUCAGGGUUUUCUCUUGAUCUUUUCCAAGAAGCUCAUUAUCUAAUACAGCUGUAAAUGUUGCUGGGCCUGACACUAAUGCAUAUUUUGUACCAUGGGGGAAUUUGACUAAUAAAAUAAUCCAAUUAGACAUUUGUUUUUGUCUCCCUGGGGCAUCUUAGAUUACUUGUCUACCUCAGUUAUGUGUUGUAAUUAGUUAACGUUUGUACAUCCCUUUGAUGUAAAAGCACUGGUAUUAUCUUUGGCUCUGGCUCUGAAUCAGAACUUUAUAAAAUAGCUGGGGAUUAAAAUUGCGGCAGCAUCAGGCGGGUGUAUGGAUACUGUCAGACCAGCUCUGUGUGCAUCUUCAGUGCUGCAUGGUGGUGGUUCUUUCCUUGGUUUGGCUUGGAUAUUGGAGGGACCUUGGUCAAACUUGUUUAUUUUGAACCAAAGGACAUCACUGCUGAAGAGGAGGAGGAGGAAGUGGAAAAUCUCAAAAGCAUCCGCAAAUACCUGACAUCAAAUGUAGCCUAUGGAUCUACAGGCAUUCGGGAUGUGCACCUUGAACUAAAGGACCUUACCCUGUGUGGACGUAAAGGCAAUCUGCACUUUAUACGCUUUCCUACUCAUGACAUGCCUGCUUUUAUUCAAAUGGGAAGCGAAAAACACUUCUCAAGCCUCCAUACUACCUUAUGUGCCACGGGAGGUGGAGCGUACAAAUUUGAGCAGGACUUUCGCACAAUGGGUGACCUUCAGCUUUGUAAGCUAGAUGAACUCGAUUGCCUUAUUAAAGGAGUUUUGUACAUUGAUUCAGUUGGAUUCAAUGGACAUUCAGAGUGCUACUAUUUUGAAAACCCGACGGAUGCUGAAAGAUGUCAGAAGCUCCCAUUCAACUUGGAGAAUCCGUAUCCUCUCCUUUUGGUGAACAUUGGCUCAGGGGUCAGCAUUCUGGCUGUGUAUUCAAAAGAAAACUAUAAACGGGUAACGGGCACCAGCCUUGGAGGGGGAACCUUUUUUGGUCUCUGCUGCCUUCUUACUGGUUGCUCCACCUUUGAAGAGGCCCUAGAGAUGGCGUCCCAUGGGGACAGUACCAAAGUGGACAAACUAGUGCGGGACAUUUACGGAGGAGACUACGAGCGAUUUGGAUUGCCAGGCUGGGCUGUAGCGUCCAGCUUUGGAAACAUGAUGAGCAAGGAGAAGCGGGAAUCUGUCAGCAAAGAGGACCUCGCGAAGGCUACUUUAAUAACCAUCACUAAUAACAUUGGCUCCAUAGCGCGGAUGUGUGCACUUAAUGAGAACAUUAAUCGAGUGGUGUUCGUUGGCAACUUCCUUCGGAUCAAUACAAUCUCAAUGAGGCUUCUGGCAUAUGCUUUGGACUACUGGUCGAAGGGACAGUUAAAAGCACUUUUCUUGGAACAUGAGGGUUAUUUUGGUGCAGUCGGUGCUCUUCUGGAACUCCUGGAUUCAGCCUAAUUCCAUGCAGAUUCUGUACGUUGGACCUACGAAGUUGUGGCACUUCCUGGGUCACUAAGCCCAAGUUUCGCUUUAAAACAUCUGUUCACUGACUGUUAAACUAAUUGUGCGUGACCUAAUCAGAAAAGGAAAGGACUGUUGCGUUUCUGUCUGUAAACAGUUGAAACCAGUCUUCGAUUACAACACAGGUUUGUUUAAAAGGAGUAUAUAUGCAAAUGUACUGUCCGAAGGUGGUGGUUCUAUCUGGAACAUCUGUAGGGCAUUCAGUCACAUCAAACAGCCCUUUUUAUGUAGUCUUUUCCAUGUUUAGUGGUGGUGACAUAAUAGAUGUGCACUCUAUUCCUUCCAUCAAGAUUCCUUUGAGUGCUGAAUGUCUACCCAGUUCACAGUUUAUAUAGAGUUCAGCUGCAGCGUUUUGUGUUCCGCAAACGAAAGGCAUCGUGUUCACAUUGUGCUGUUAAUUGUCUGUAAAGGGGAAAGAAUAUCAGCACAGCCCUGGCAUGUAAAAACCAUACGGACCACUUCUGUCUCCUCUGAACCCUACAGUGGCCUGUGAAACACCGUUGUGCUGUCAGUAAGGCUUUAUUCCUGUUACCGCAGCUUCUUAUCUAUGUAUACGAGAGACGAAAGGUAAGGCACAAAUCCUGUGUCUCGGGUUGAUUCCAAUUUCAGCCUGUAACACUUCUGUACAGACCACAGUACCCUUUAGGGUGUGCCAUAGUGCUGGAUAGUGUUGGGAGUGUCUGUCAACCUCUGACCUUGAGAUCUGCUAAAAGCAAAUUUGAGGAUGAAGUAGAGUGGUGGUGGGGCUUUUUGUUUGUUUUUUUUUUUUUUUUUUUUUCUCUGUGUAAAACUUGGCUGCAUAUAACUAUACCAAAGAGAUUAUUUUUUUUUCAGUCAUACACUUGGGAUCUUCUCUGUAAUGUUCCAUUUUACAUUUAUAAACUGCUAAACUACUUUGGUUUCCGGGGGAAACCUCUCCUUCCCAUAUGCAUGCUGUGCUCUUCUCUGUUUUCUCUGUGCGUGCCGUCUUGCAUACCGCCUGCAAACUGGGUCGCUGCAGUCUGGAACCCCUAAAGACGCUGCGCUCUCAGGAUGCGGAUUUAGAAAUGGCUUACUGCGCGCUGAAUAGAUGCUGAUAGCAGACAGCAGUUUAAAAAAGAAAAGCAGCACGCGCACGGUUUGUAAUCUGCCCGCCCUUCCUCCUGUCUCUGCUUCGCUCUGCUCUUUGCAGAAAUUCUUCCCAGGCUUGGACCUCGCAUUACGAAAUGAAGAUGAUCUCUAUCGUGUCCUCUUGGCCGUGCUACUAGCAUCAGUUAUUUCAGUGUAACUGUGCUCCAGUCGGGGAGUGUGGAAAAAGCUGCUUUUCUGAAAAGCCAUCUGCACCUUCCCUUGAUGAUGUAAGCUAAAUGGAGAUGCUACUUCACUGUUCUCUGCAAGACGGUGCUCUGGCUUUCCAGCUGAGCAGCUCAGCUAUAUGUAGAAGCCGUCCUUCCGUGAGCAAGCUGAAGCAGCCUUUUGUGGAAAUGCAAGCACGGACCAGUUCAGUUCAUACUUAUUGGGGUUUAUCGCAGGACAUCGGAAUGGCUGUCGUCCUGGCUCGAACACAUCUUUUAAGGUCACGGUUUCUUUCCAGAGAAGUUGAUUUUCAGCUCUCUGAUCCCGAUGCGCCUUUUGAUGACCGAUCGCAGCGCUGGACAGCCUGUGCUGGUUCGGGAACUUGCAGUUUGGCCGCAGUAACGUGCAGUAGAGGUGCAGGAGCAGCACAGCAAAUCGUGUCCAGCUCUACCUGUUGCUGCAGCCCGAGAUCCGAGUACUCACAAGGUGCUCCACAGUUCGCUGGGUUUGUUGCACGGUACCGGCCUCUCUUUUGGGCCUGAAAAGGGAAGAAACUACAAAUUUGGAAGACGUACUCUUUGCUAGGUUAGAUGUUUCUGUUUCUGUCAAAGCCUGUCCUGUCAGCUCUGCUGGGUAAGUGUUCCAGACAGCAGACACAGCGUAAAACAAGGCAUUUUCUCAACUUCAGUUAACCGUGGGCCUGGAACUUCCUGAAUACAUCCAGUAAUUUGAGAACAGUAAAAUGGGGGGGAAAAAAGAGAGCAGUGUUCACAUGAAAGGUAAUCUUUGCUGUGUGCUGUCUGUAGAAGACAGUUUGUGUGCUUUUCCUGCAGUAUAGUGCAGGUUUCAGCUGUAUCCCACUCCGCGUUCAAUAUAACGUGGUACUUUUAGAGGUGAGGGGUUGGAGCAGGAUAACACAGAAUCAAUCGUAGUGUGGUUUGGGUUGGAAGGGACCUUCAAAGAUCACCUAGUUCCAACCCCCCUGCCACGGGCGGGGACACCUUCCACUAGAGCAGGUUGCUCAGAGCCCCAUCCAACCUGGCCUUGAACACUGCCAGGGAUGGGGCAGCCCUGAUUUAUUCUUCAUUUCUUGUGAAAUCACACAAAAGAUAACCCUAAGGAGGUGUAUUAAAAACAACUCCACUUCCCAAUUGCUGAUUGUAGGUUUUCUAGACUUAACUCUUUCUCUACCAUAUAAAAGGUAACACAUGGCACAUAGCCGGCUGCAAUUUCAGCCAGGUCACCCACCCUCACAGUCAAAACUCGGGCCCCGGUUUGACUCGUGGAAAAGAAACAGAAACACACUUCGGCUUUUUGAAAUGCCCUUGUGCCCAGGACCCACUUCGCUCCUUGGUGUAAUACUUCAGCGAUGCGCUGGGCUGCCGCGGGCUUAUCAGCUUUAAUUAGUCCUGGGGGUUUUAUACAGACCACAUCGGUGUUGGGAAGGUGUAUAAUCCUCCUCUGAAUCCUCCUAACAUACAGGACGGCUGGUUUGUUUUUUUUUUUAAUAGCAGUAGGCUUUGGGAGCUGAAGAGCGACGGAAGGAAGGAGCCACCUUGAAAUGAUUUUGUUACGCAGAGGGAAGCUGUUGGAGAGCAGAGAAGCCCCUGCAGCCUGCGAGAAAUCCCUGCCCAGAGGCGCUGGAGUAGGUGCCGGGCUGGCGUCCCUGGGAGCAGCGUCCCGCGGGUUUUCUUACCCCUGUUCGUUCUGCGCGCUUGUGUGUGUUAACACCUUUUUUUUCCUGUGGAUUUUGAGUAGAUCCUGUGUGGUCAUGUCCAACACCAAAGUCUUUGAUGUAUUGUGUGUAUUUUUUUGUAAAUUUUUUUUUUGUUGUUCUUGUAAUAAAAUAUUACAGUUAUUUUUA